CGGUCAAACUUGUGACUACCAGCAUGUCUGAAGACAAGCGACCCACACUCUCAAUGAUUCUUCCUGUAAAAGCAAAGCUUAAAAAGAACUUUGAACCAUCAGAUGAAGACUCAGUGUUAAUCAGAGAGAUGAAGCAGGCGUUCAAGAAUGACUUGGAGAAACGCUACACAGGCCUUGAAGAUCUCUUCCACACUGCAGCAGCUCUGGACCCCCGUUUUAAGUCCCUGCCCUUCCUCAGUAACCAUGAUGCAGAGAGGACAUUCACAAGCAUAUCAGCAGAAGCAGCAUCCCUGCAUCACAAGGUAACGGGGGGUUCAGUUCAGAGAGGUCCAGUGCAGACUGAUCCAUGUCAGAGUGAACCUGCAAAUGGAGAUCCGGACAUCUGCAUUGAUGCACCCCAGACCCAAGAUGAGCAUAAAGGUUUGUGUGUUUUAUAACUUGUGAUCAAGAACGAGAAGACUUUGUCUUAAACUUGUGCUGCAGUCAUAGUAUCAGUAUAAAACACAUUCACUAUAAUAAGAGGAUCUGCAUGCAAAGAAAGAGUUAAAUAAUAAUG